CCUCAUGUGAGCCAUAUGAAAGCUCUAGCCUAGCUGACCUCUGGCAAAAAGGGAGUGAGCGAGGACAGGAGAGGCACAGGGGAAAAGGUUCAAGUGCUGGUUUUCUUCUUGAACCUAGAAGAUUAUGGGUCAAGAGCUGUGUGCAAAGACUCUCCAGCCUGGAUGCAGCUGCCAUCGCUGUUGGGAGGGAGCCGAUGCACACAGCUGUCAGAGGAGUGUGCCUGUGACCAUGGAGUCUGCGAUCGAGCUAACAGACCUAAAAGAAGCAUCAUGUUCCAUGACUUUAUUUCACCCCAGGGGACUUCAGGCAGUCCAUGCCCGGAAGUUCAAGAGUAAAAGGCCACGGAGUAACAGUGAUUCUUUUCAGGAAGAGGAUCUGAGGCAGGGUUUUCAGUGGCAGAGGAAGAGCCUCCCUUUUGGGGCAGCCUCAUCUUACUUGAACUUGGAGAAGCUGGGUGAAGGUUCUUAUGCUACAGUUUACAAGGGGAUUAGCAGGAUAAAUGGACAGCUAGUGGCUUUAAAAGUCAUCAGCAUGAAUGCAGAGGAAGGAGUCCCAUUUACAGCUAUUAGGGAAGCUUCUCUCCUGAAGGGUUUGAAACAUGCCAAUAUUGUGCUCCUGCAUGACAUAAUCCACACCAAAGAGACACUUACAUUCGUUUUUGAAUACAUGCACACAGACCUGGCCCAGUACAUGUCUCAGCACCCAGGAGGGCUUCAUCCUCACAAUGUCAGGCUUUUCAUGUUUCAACUUUUGCGGGGCCUGGCAUACAUCCACCACCACCAUGUUCUUCACAGGGACCUGAAACCUCAGAACCUACUCAUCAGUCAGCUGGGAGAGCUCAAACUGGCUGAUUUUGGUCUUGCUCGGGCCAAGUCCAUUCCCAGCCAGACCUACUCGUCAGAAGUAGUGACUCUGUGGUACCGCCCUCCUGAUGCCUUGCUGGGAGCCACUGAAUACUCCUCUGACCUGGACAUAUGGGGGGCAGGCUGCAUCUUUAUUGAAAUGUUCCAGGGUCAGCCUUUGUUUCCUGGAGUUUCUGACAUCCUUGAACAGCUGGAGAAGAUCUGGGAGGUGUUGGGAGUCCCUACAGAGGAUACCUGGCCUGGAGUUUCCCAGCUACCUAAUUACAAUCCAGAAUGGUUCCCACUGCCUAAGCCUCAGACCCUUCAGAACGUCUGCAACAGGUUGGGCAGGGUUCCUGAAGCUGAAGACCUCGCCUCCCAAAUGCUGAAAGGCUUUCCUAGAGACCGUGUCUCUGCUCAGGAAGCCCUGGUCCACAAUUACUUCAGUGCCCUGCCAUCUCAGCUGCACCAACUUCCUGAUGAGGAAUCUUUGUUUACAGUUUCAGGAGUGAGAUUAAAGCCAGAAAUGUGUGACCUCUUGGCCUCCUACCAGAAAGGACACCACCCAGCCCAGUUUAGCAAAUGCUGGUGAAAAGAAAGGGGGAUAUCCUCAAGAGUCUUCCAGGUCUCAUUACUGCUAUUUCUGCUUUGAUUUGCUUCAGCUUACUAAGAAGCUUCAAGUCAAACUCCACACUGGACCAGGAGUGCUAUACCAUCACCUGUGUCCUGGCAUACUUUAAACAUGAUGUCUGGGGCAAUGGUACAUAAUACUUGCAGAAAAAGCAAUGAAAGGUUAUUGCUAUUGUCAUCUGCCCAAAUUUAACAGUGACGAGCUCAACAAUUAGACAUAGACUGAAAUACUCUGGACUUCUGAAUAAUUUCAUCCAUUUCAUUAUUUGACAGCAAGAUCCCUGGGCCAGAAGGGCAACAGGACAGAUGGGAGACUGACAAUUGAAAGAAUGUGGAGGCAGAGCUGAUGCUUACAGAGGCCUGUCACUCCUGCGUCCGUGUACGAUUUUCCCCAACAAAAGGACUUCUGUGGCAAGGAGAGGAUUAGUCUAAAGUUUAGAAAAGUCUCCAGGGAAGAUGGUUUCUUGGAUAAAGUUGUCAAUGAAAGGACUCACUUAAGACUCUUCAUUAUGAUUUCCUAGGGGGCAUUUCUGCCUUCACUAACUACUCCACCGCAGCCAGAUUUUAAGCAUUUGGAUUGAAUUGCAGGUUUGAGUUAAAUUUCAGGCUGUCUCCUUCUCCUGAAUCCUAAUUGUCCAUGAUGACAGCAAAAGUGAUGAGGAAUCUAAGCUCUGAUUUGAUAGUGGAGAUACUGAAUAGACAUAUAAUAGCAAGUGUUCCCAAAGAUGUAAUUUAAGCCCUGUUGCAUUAUCAGGCACAUAUGUGUGUGCACACAUGUAACCCUCAAGUGAAAUGAGAGAUCUGUCUUGGCUAACACAUGUAUCAUUUUCUACAAUGACUCCUAAAAGAAACCAGGUAAAUGCAAGUUACUUUGUCUAAGGAUCGUCUACUCAGGAAAUGUAAUAACCUAGAAACUAGAGACCUCUAUAUAGCCUUUAGAAGAACAAGGAGGGACUAAAUAAGAAUUUUAAAAAAUAGUACCUGUUCACUCGAAGUCUGAAGUCUGAGAUGGAAGCAGGAAAAAUGCAUUCAGGGGGUCCAAAGAAAUCUACCUUAGUGAUUAGAUUUUAGUGAUUUUAGAAUGGCAUUUGACAAAGCCUGUCCAUAUACACCUGAAAGAUGAAACUGUAGGGGCUGGAUGAUGGGGCAGAUGUGUUCAAAGACUGGUGGCUAUUCAACCAAGAGAGAGGCUAGUAGAGGCUAGUGUGAUACAAGGUUCAGCCUUGACUCCCAUUCUGGUCAAAUGUUUUCAUUCAUCACUUGAAUAAAAUCAGAGAAGGUGCACAAUUUAUUCAUACAUCUCUUUGAAGCAGGUACUAUUAUUAUUAUUAUUAUUAUAUUACUUCCAUUUUACAAAAGUAGAAACUGAGGCUCUGAGUAGUUCAAUAAGUCCUCCAGAGCAGUACGCCAGAGUUAAGGUGCAUAUUUGAGGUUUGACCAUUUCCAGUGUCUGUGAUCUUUCCAAUAAUCACAUACCCAUCAAAUCACAUACACAAGUCUUGAAGAGGCUGCUGAUGGUUAGCACUGGAUCAUGGUUCAAAGCAUUGAGAUCUUGCUAAAAGCUAAUAUGUACCGCUACUUACCUAUUAGAAUGACCAAAUUCCAGAACACUGACAACACCAAAUUGCUGGGAGAAAUAUGGAACAAGAGGAACAAACUCUCACUCAUUGCUGGUGGGAAUGCAAAAUAGUACAGCCACUUUGGAAGACAGUUUGGUGGUUUCUUACAAAACUAAACGUACCUUUAGGAUAGAUCCAACGACCACAUCUCUUGGUGUUUAUCCAAAGGAGUUGAAAACUUGUGUCCACACAAAAAGCCUUAUUUUAUAGCAGCUUUAUUUAUAAUCACCAAAACUUGGAAAAAACUAAGAUGUCCUUCAGUAGAUAAUGGAUAAAUAAACUGUGGUACUUUCAGACAAUGAAAUAUUAUUCGAAGCUUAAAAGAAAAAUGGAGGCAUGGAGAAACUUAAAUGAAUAUUACUAAGUGAAGGAAGCCAAUCUGAAAAGGUUAUAUACUAUGUGAUUUCAACUGUGUCACUCUUGAAAACGCAAAACUGUGGAGACAGUAAAAAUGUCAGUGGUUGCCAGGGGUUGCUGUAAGGUAGUGAUGAGUAGAUGGAGCACAGGGGAUUUUUAGAACAGUGAAACUAUAUACAAUAUAAUGGUAGAUAACACGGCAUUAUAAAUUUGUCCAAGCCCAUAGAAUAUACAAUAACAAGAAUGAAUCCCAAUGUAAACUGUGGACUUUGAAUGAUAACGAUGUGUCAAUGUAGGUUCAUUGAUUGUAACAAAUGUACCACUCUGGUGGGAGGUGUGGAUAAGGGGGAGGCUGUGCAUGUUUAGGGCCUGGAGCAUAAGGAAAAUCUCUGUAAUUUCUGCUAAAUAUUGCUGUGAUCCUAAAAUUGCUUUAAAAAUACAGUCUAUUACAGUGACUGCAAUGUCAUGUUUGUGGGGAGGGAUUUGAUAAUAUGGGUGAAUGUCAUAACCACAUGUUGCUCAUGUGAAACCUUCAUAGGAUUGUUUAUCAAUGAUACCUUAAUAAAAAAAUAGUCUAUUAAAAACAAAAAAAGCUAAUGAGUAAAAAGCCAAAAUAACAUUUAUUCCUAUCAAAUUUCAUCUGAUUUAAUUCCUUACACUUGAGGCUUAAAAUGUCAACAAGGUAAGUGAGGCUGUUACCUAGUGGAAAUUGGCACUUUGAAGUACAAUAUGAAUUAAUGGUACUUCUGGCUGCCCACAAAAAGUACUGCUAAUAUUUUUGAUGAUAUAAGUGACAGAAUAGGAUGGUGUCCCAGAAAAGGGAAAUGGUUUUUUCUCUACUGAACAGGUCACAUCUAAAUUAUUGUUAAGCUUAACUCUACCCAUCACACUUUAAAAGAAACAUCAUAUUAAAGUAAGUGUGUAUUGUACAUCUGUUAGUAUACAGAUCUAAUCCUGUUUAAUCCUCUAAACAAGACUAAGAAGUAGGUGUAAUUAUUCUCGGUUUUACAGAGAAGAACACAGAAUGUUGAAGUAGCUGGGAUUUGAUGCUCAGACUCUGUCCCCAAAGUCUGUGCUCUCCCUGCCCCCAGACCCAACUCUGUGCUGUGUGCUCUGGAGGGCACCCAGUAGAAGAGAGGGCAUGGAGAUAAGGCACAAGGAGGAAUAGCCCCAUGAGGAAACCCAGGGCGAUGUUCUUGUGUAGGCAGACACCUGACUUUUAAAAACACAAUUUUUGUUUAAUUUGGUGUGUUAAGUUAUUUUAGUGAUGCUUACUUAUUCAGUCACUAGUGCUAUUCACCUAAUAUUUCUGUCUCCUUGACUGGACAGCACUUCCUGGCCCUACAGUGCACACACAGGGCUGUAUGAGUAGUGACAGCCCAUGAAUUGUGAAUGGAAGUAAUAUGUGUCACUGCUGAGCCAGGCCUUCAUUUGAUUGUCAGUGCAAGAGGCUCCAGAUCUCUGUUUUUCCCUCUGUUACAGUGACCAGAGCAUUCAAGAUAGUUCCAGAAUGAGGAGAGGUAGAACAGAGUCCCCACAUGAUAUUUGAUGAAUGUAUAGUGUAAAAGAGAAAUAAAACUGUGU